CCGGCAGCGCAGGCCAGUCCGUCGUCGCCGUCUCUCGCGAGCUGUUGUCAUUUCCACCGUCGUGCGCAACCUUCCACACGCGCGCGUGCGGACCGCUAUUCUUGUGUGUGUCGACGGGCCCCGCCGGUCGUGCUUUGGGUCGUUUACAGGCCAUCGUUAGUGAAGUGCUGUGUGUUUGCGCGUGCUGCGCCGGCUGCUGCUGCUGUUGUAUUGCCCUUAUCGUUACUGCUGUUUUUGUUACUGUUUUUGAGAAUAGUGUAAAAGUGUUAACAUCCGUCCCAUCAUUACUAAGAGUCAUCAUUACAAGAGUACUUUAGUUGACAUUGAAUAGUGCAUAGAGUGCAUCAAGAUCACCCCGACCGAAAGUGUCUUUAAUCGCUACUAAACUAAACAAAAAGAAGAGAGAGAGAGAGACAAGCGAAGGUGCGAGUGCAUUAUCAUAUUUGCCACGUUGUUUUUCGUGCCAGAUUGAUAACUGCGGGCGCACAGCGGAAUAUUGCCAAUCGAAGACAGCGAGGGUGAAAGCCGCCGGGCAGAAGGAGUGGACGCGGGUGCGGGAGGACGGGAGGACGACUGUAAGUGACUGCACCGCACCACCACCCAACGCACACUAUGACGCGCGGUGUGUUACGGCUGUGCUGCCAGCUGCAGGGAGAUGCACUGCUACAACUGACGAAACCGGUGCAUCCGCUGCGAUUGUUCUCAGGAAGCGUUAAGCUACUGCAGAAGGAUGGCAAACCGGCGACGGCAGUGAAAGGCGUUCCGUACCAGAAUCUGGUCAUCGGUGUGCCGAAGGAGAGAUGGGCCAACGAAAAGCGAGUAUCCGUUACACCGGUUGUUGCCGGCACACUGGUCAAGAAAGGGUUCAAGGUGCAGGUGGAAAGUGGCGCUGGUUUGAAUGCAAAGUUCCGCGACGCCGACUAUGAAGCGGCCGGAGCCAGUAUCGUCGACGGUCGCAAAGCGUUCGAAACUGACAUUGUGCUGAAAGUACGGCAACCGAUCGAGCCCGAAAUUCCCCAGCUGCGGGACGCAUCGACGCUGAUCUCCUUCCUGUAUCCGGCCCAAAACAAGGAGCUGAUCGACAAGCUGGCACAGCGGAAAAUUAAUGCAUUUGCGAUGGAUGCGAUUCCGCGCAUUUCCCGUGCGCAAGUGUUCGACGCACUGUCCUCGAUGGCCAACAUCUCCGGCUACCGGGCCGUCAUCGAGGCGGCCAACCAUUUUCCGCGCUUCUUUACCGGCCAGAUUACGGCGGCCGGUAAGGUACCGCCGGCCAAGAUUCUGGUCAUUGGUGGCGGCGUGGCCGGGUUGGCCGCGAUCGGGCAGGCCCGCGGCAUGGGUGCGAUCGUGCGCGCGUUCGAUACGCGCCCGGUCGUGAAGGAGCAGGUGGAGAGCAUGGGCGCCGAGUUUCUGACCAUCAACAUCAGCGAGGACGGUUCGACGGCGGGCGGCUACAGUAAGGAGAUGAGCAAGGAGUUUAUCGAGGCGGAGAUGGCACUGUUUGCGAAGCAGUGCAAGGAGGUGGACGUGAUCAUUACGACCGCGCUCAUCCCGGGCAAAAAAGCGCCGCUUCUCAUCACGGAGGAAAUGGUAAAAUCGAUGAAGCCCGGCAGCGUGAUCGUCGAUCUGGCGGCCGAAACCGGCGGCAACGUGCAAACGACCGUCCCGGGCGAGAUCAAGGUGGUGCACGAUGUGGUGCACGUUGGGCUGACCGACUUCCCGAGCCGGCUGCCGACGCAAAGCUCCACGCUGUACGCGAACAACAUCUCCAAGUUUCUCCUCUCGAUGGGCGAGAAGGACCACUUCCACAUCAAUCCCGAGGACGAGGUGGUGCGCGGCAGCAUGGUGCUGCAGGGCGGCAACCUAAUGUGGCCACCGCCAGUCAUUCCCGUGUCGGCCAAGCCACCGCCGGCAGUCGCGGCCAGCAAGCCGGCCGCCAUCAAAGCCGAAGCGCUGCCGGCCGACCCGUUCAAGGAGACGCUCCGCAGCAGCCUCAUGUAUACGGGCGGGCUGGGCACGUUGCUGGGGCUCGGCGCAGUGGCCCCGAAUGCCGCCUUCACCACCAUGAUGACGACGUUCGCAAUGUCCGGCAUCGUGGGCUACCAUACGGUGUGGGGCGUUACGCCCGCCCUCCACUCGCCGCUCAUGUCCGUCACGAACGCCAUCUCGGGCAACGGCGGGCUGCUGCUGAUGGGUGGCGGUGUGAUGCCGUCCAACACGAUCGAAACGCUCGCGGCCAGUGCAGCGCUCAUUUCGUUCGUCAACAUUUUCGGCGGCUUUCUCGUGACGCAGCGCAUGCUGGACAUGUUUAAGCGCCCGACGGACCCGCCCGAGCACAACUACCUGUACGGCAUCCCGGCCGCCGUGUUCCUGGGCGGGUACGGUGUCGGUGCGCUGCAGCAGCUGCCCGAAAUCCACCAGAUGGCAUAUCUGGCCUCGAGUCUGUGCUGUAUCGGGGCGCUCGUCGGGCUGUCCUCGCAGAAAACGUCCCGGCUGGGCAAUGCGCUCGGCAUGAUGGGCGUUACGGGCGGUAUUGCCGCCACCCUGGGGCACAUGGCGCCGAGCACGGAGGUGCUGAUGCAGAUGGGCGGUGUGGCUGGACUGGGCGGACUGCUCGGAUCGAUCAUUGCGAAGCGCAUUCAAAUUACGGAUCUACCGCAGCUUGUGGCCGCCUUCCACAGCCUGGUCGGUGCCGCCGCUGUGCUGACCUGUGUGGCGACGUACAUGCACGAUUUCCCCACGCUGGCGACCGACCCGGCGGCCAACGUGCUAAAGACGGCCCUGUUUCUGGGCACGUACAUCGGAGGCGUCACGUUUAGUGGAUCGCUCGUAGCGUACGGCAAGCUGCAGGGAGUCCUCAACUCGGCCCCACUGCUGCUGCCCGGCCGACACUUCAUCAACGGAGGCUUGCUGGCGGGCAAUCUGGCCGCUAUGGGUGCGUUCUACCUGGAGCCGACGAUGGCCGGCGGGCUGGGACUGCUCGGUGCGACGGCCGCCAUGUCGACGGCGAUGGGCGUCACGCUGACGGCUGCCAUCGGUGGCGCCGACAUGCCGGUCGUCAUCACCGUGCUGAACUCGUACUCCGGCUGGGCGCUGUGCGCGGAAGGGUUCAUGCUGAACAACAACCUGAUGACGAUCGUGGGCGCCCUGAUCGGUUCGUCCGGUGCUAUCCUGUCCUACAUCAUGUGCAAAGCGAUGAACCGGUCGCUGCCGAACGUGAUCCUGGGCGGGUACGGUACGACCUCGACGGCCGGCGGCAAGCCGGCAGAAAUAGUGGGCACCCACACGGAGGUAAACGUGGACGGCGUGGUGGAGAUGAUACGCAACUCGAAGAACAUCAUCAUCACGCCCGGGUAUGGGCUGUGCGUGGCCAAGGCGCAGUACCCGAUCGCGGAGAUGGUGAGCUUGUUGAAGGCGCGCGGCAAGAAGGUACGUUUCGGCAUCCAUCCGGUGGCGGGCCGGAUGCCGGGCCAGCUGAACGUGCUGCUGGCGGAGGCGGGCGUCCCGUACGACGACGUGCUCGAGAUGGAGGAGAUCAACGAAGACUUUGACGAGACUGAUCUGGUGCUGGUGAUCGGUGCGAACGACACGGUGAACAGUGCGGCCGAGGACGACCCGAACUCGAUCAUUGCCGGCAUGCCGGUGCUGCGCGUCUGGAAGGCGGAUCAGGUGGUUGUGAUGAAGCGUUCGCUUGGCGUCGGUUACGCGGCAGUGGACAACCCGAUCUUCUACAAACCGAACACCUCGAUGUUGCUCGGUGACGCGAAGAAGACGUGCGACGCCCUGCUGGGCAAGAUUAAGGAAGACAACUGAGGGCAGAGUGGAGCCCGAGACGAAAUUAUUGGGAAAGGGGGAUUUGGGUACUUUACUUCACUAAGCGCCGUUUGCCGACCGAGGCAGCAGCAGCAGCAGCACAAGCAUUUAAUUAAGUGAGUGGUAAUGUAAGAAAAAACCGUGCGAUAACAACCGUGGCCAUACAAUGUGAAAAUUCUAUGGUUUAUGUAAUGUGUAAAAUAAAGUGUUUUAUGGUGUACAUUGA